AUGGAUUCAGUGCUGGGAAAGCCAUUACAGCUGGGAAAGCCACUACAGCUGGGAAAGCAACUACAGCUGGGAAAGCAACUACAGCUGGGAAAGCAACUACAGCUGGGAAAGCAACUACAGCUGGGAAAGCCACUGCAGCUGGGAAAGCCACUGCAGCUGGGAAAGCCACUGCAGCUGGGAAAGCCACUGCAGCUGGGAAAGCAACUACAGCUGGGAAAGCCACUACAGCUGGGAAAGCAACUACAGCUGGGAAAGCCACUACAGCUGGGAAAGCCACUGCAGCUGGGAAAGCAACUACAGCUGGGAAAGCCACUACAGCUGGGAAAGCAACUACAGCUGGGAAAGCCACUACAGCUGGGAAAGCCACUACGGCUGGGAAAGCCACUGCAGCUGGGAAAGCCACUGCAGCUGGGAAAGCCACUGCAGCUGGGAAAGCAACUACAGCUGGGAAAGCCACUACAGCUGGGAAAGCAACUACAGCUGGGAAAGCCACUACAGCUGGGAAAGCCACUGCAGCUGGGAAAGCAACUACAGCUGGGAAAGCCACUACAGCUGGGAAAGCAACUACAGCUGGGAAAGCCACUACAGCUGGGAAAGCCACUACGGCUGGGAAAGCCACUGCAGCUGGGAAAGCCACUACAGCUGGGAAAGCCACUGCAGCUGGGAUAG